AUGGAUUUGGCGGGAAAACGGUAUCGACGGUAUACCUCCUUGCAUAUUCUACUAUCCUGCUACCAGGAGCAGUUUUUGGACCCGUGAAUCGGUAGACGGUUCCCCCACUGCGCUACCUAUUGCGCAUCUCUAUUGCGCAUAAUGGCGCCUUAUUUCUUUGCACGUCCUAUUAUACCGCUAAGUUCUAACUAUGCAGCAAAAUGAACUCCAUCUAAUACUUAUGAAACUUUAACAAAUUUUUGCACAAUUAAUACUUAACUAUACUGUAUUAUAAUAAAUUAAUACGUCUCUGAUAAUUUUGGGCUUCGAGGUUGACAAUGGAGGCUGAAUUAGCCUUUACACGUAUCAUUAUUCAGAAUUUAACUGUUCCUUCUUAUAAUAAAUUAAUACGUCUCUGAUAAUUUUGGGCUUUGAGGUUGACAAUGGAAGCUGAAUUAUCCUUUAUACGUAUCAUUAUUCCUUCUUAUAAUAAAUUAAUACAUCGUCUCUGAUAAUUUUGGGCUUCGAGGUUGACAAUACAAGCUGAAUGAUAAUGUCGACACCACGAUUAUUGUACAUAUACUUAUUCAGAUAGCUUAUCCUCGAUUUCGAUUACCAAACUUCCUCGCUAACCUGCGAUAUAAUUAAUUCCGCGUGCAUUAAUGGAAAUCGAAUAUAAUACAUAUUACUGCAGCGACAUUACUGUGAUGUCACAGCGAUUUUGUUUUCAUUCUUUUCAUGAUGUCACCCCAAACGUGACAAUCAUAACACUUUCCCCUUCGAAUUUCCUACAUGUUUUGGUCAUACAUUUUACAGCAGCCUUUCGAAUGAAAAUUAACGAUUCCCGUCACAAUAAUCGCUUAGACAUUCAAUCUUUAUUCAGUGAAAUCUGAAAAAUUGUGACACUGUUCUCGAUUAUGCGGAAAGGAAAACCCUGGUGACCCGAAUUUGUCGGUGUGAAAAGUGCAUAAUAAAAAACGUUACGUUAGAACGAAUUAAUGGAGAAGGUGUGGGUUAAAUCGAGUACGAUACGUCGAAGGAAAGAUUUGAUGUGUGUAGCGAAUGUUUAUUGAGGAGGAUCGCGAAGGAAAUAUUAGACUUUCCAGUACACGGAGAAAGUUAUGCUCUAACGAGUCUACAUAGGCGGUAUGCCGCAGACUCGUCUAGAUAAAUAAAAGGUGCACCAGCGAUCGUUGCUUCCAGCUUCGACCCAGUUUUUUCCAUCGACAUGUUGCGCCCCAACAAUGCGUGCUAAUAGAGCAAACCUCUCAUUAGACGCUUAAAUCGAUCGCGUUUCGAUGCUAAAAUCUCAUUUCGCUUUAUCGUUACGCGCUCUGGUAAUCCGUGCCAAUACAUUUCACGCGAGUUAUCGGUUAAUUCAUACUCGGAGAUCGAUGCAUCGCGAACGUUACAAAACAGUCGAGAAAACUGCGUUUCCUCGAAGAAAUUAAUUAACUGUACCACUUAAGGAAGAACGAUUGAAUCACAGAAAUUCUCUACGAUUGUUCGAAGAAGCCCUCGGAUUUUCUAUUCGACGAACAAUGGGGCAAAAGUGACACGAUACCUUUCACGGUUAUAAUUAUCCGGAAUUUAAGCUGACAUUGGGAGGCUGGUCACGAAACGAGAAUUCUCACGAACAGACCCAAUUACAGAUCAGUUCACGUAACGCCUGCUAACCUAGAAAAUAAACUAUGAAACUUCUUCUGACAGCCCGGAGAAAAAACCAGCCGAGGAAAUGUUUCGCGAUGAUGGCGGAUAAGAGGAGCGUCGUGACGCUCAGACUUUUAUCUAGAGACGCUUUCGCUCGCUUGUUUCGAAGCUCACCUAAUUCACAACUUCCUUCUCGAGAAACGCUCUUACUUUCUUCAUCGAUAUACGCUCUGUAACAUCUUGUCACGCGAUAUGAUUCGCUUCGAGAUGAAUGAUUUAAUUCUCAUCGAUUUAGAGUUACCGAUGGCUCGAAAUUAUAGUAGAUUGUUUACUUUUUGUGACCACAGCACUGCUAGCGUUGGACAGUUAGAGUAAACUCUUGUUUCAGAUGAAUGAUUUAAUUCUCAUCGAUUUAGAGUUACCGAUGGCUCGAAAUUAUAGUAGAUUGUUUACUGUUUGUGACCACAGCACUGCUAGCGUUGGACAAUUAGAGUAAACUCUUGUUCGAGUUGAAUGAUCUAAUUCUCAUCGAUGUAGAGUUACUUAUGGCUCGAAAUUAUAGUAGAUUGUUUACUUUUUGUGACCACAGCACUGCUAGCGUUGGACAAUUAGAGUAAACUCUUGUUCGAGAUGAAUGAUCUAAUUCUCAUCGAUUUAGAGUUACUGAUGGCUCGAAAUUAUAGUAGAUUUUACUUUUUGUGACCACAGCACUGCUAGCAUUUGACAAUUACAGUAAACUCUUGUUUUAUCGUCACAAAGCUGUACAUAGAAGAUGGCAAGAGCCAAAGUGUUAAUUUGAUGUACCCCAACGAGGUAAUUGAACAUAGUAAUUCAACCGGUGAUAAUUGUACGCGUGGCGACUCUAAACGCGACUAUUCAAACGUGCCAAGAAUGGCGAUGGAAUUUGUCCAACAUUGUUUUCUCGUGACAAAAAAGCUUAUCCUUCAUACGAGCAAGAAACUCGAUCACCGAAUAAAUUAAUCGUUCCUCGAAUUCCGUGUACCUUUGUCAUCGUUCCAAGAACACCUUUAUCACCAAAACGGAUGUGAACGUUCCGACAGGGUUACGUGUGAAAAUAUUUGUACAAGGAUAUUACGCGAGCAGAAAUGACGCGAUCAUUAGAGGAUCGAUCUCUAAACAUGUUCCCGUUCGUCAUUGUAUGAUGAAAUUGCAAACUUCCUCGAUCGAGAACUUCGAAAAGUGUGUAGGAUUCGGAUGAUCUUUAUUACGCGUGGCUAAAUUAGUCACGAGAGAAGGAUCCUUGACGUUCACUUCGAGUUUGGCAAGAACUUUCACCGGUGCUUGAACAAUUGAACGAAAUUACAGCUUCAAACAGAGAAGUAACGAGAAACUGUUGUAAUAAUUGCGUUUGUUCUUAACGCGUCGGAAAUUUGAGCGACAGAAAGCUUUGGACUUUCGAAGCGUACGUGGUUCGAUUAGGCAUCGAUUUCUUUUGCACGAAUCCUCUUCUAUGUCGUAAUCGAAUCGAAUAUGCUCGCUGACGAUCGACCUCGCUGUUUUCUCUUCAUGCUCCUGUUCAGAGGCACAAUGGCCAGCGUUUAUUUUUUCCUGCGGAAUUAACGGUCGCUUAAUUGCCCGGAAGGAACGAGCAAACCGUGUAAAAUCACCGACGAGUUAAUUGUUCUUCGUCGAUAGGUUCCUCGAAAACAAGAAACUUCUCGCAUUUAUACUUCGCAUUUUCUUAUCGAGCCACGAGUUAGUAUACUUCUCAUGAAUAUUAAACUGUUUGCAAUUUUUUCGUGCUCAGGGGACGUCGGCAAGUUUCGUGGGUGGCAGUUUUCGCUUGGCGUCAGAAAACCUAAGUAGCCCCGAGUAUUGAAUAAAAAAAGCAGCCUCCUAGAAGAUUGAGUUCAUAAUGGGCCGCCUUAUGCGUCGUUUGUCCACGCCAUUGUCAAUUUAACGCGAAACUUUCCACCCGCUUCAAAAAUAAUCAUCUCAACUUUCUUCUACUUUAAUGGAACAGCAUUUUCUUAACCAAAAGAUGCUUCUCGUGUCCGAUUUGCUUCGAGAGUCUCGGAAGAAGUAGCUAAGUUAUUCGCUGUUGAAACCCUUCUAUCGAACGCGUAUACUUCGAAGACUUACAAUUUUUAUUUAACACUAAAACGGUCCACAAGAAUCUUGUUAUAAAUGACACAAUUUGGUGAUUCUUCUGAUAUCUGUAUUGACCUUCAUCAAGAUAAAGAAUCAAUUCGUGUACUAAUUCAUGUUUUGUUGUUUGUUCAUUUGACUCCAUUUUUCGUCUCAGAUUAAGUACGUAUACGCCGGUAGGUUUUUAAGGAAUAGCUUGAGACAAUAAGUCAAGAAUACUUCGAAGAAAUGCGCCAUUUUCUGAACGUAAAAGCCUUACUGUUUCCUCACUGUGCCUCGAUGUUUUACGAAAAGUUUUGUAAAGAAGAAAAGUCGGAUCGAAGGACGACGUAUCCUUUCGAUCGGUCGAUUUUUCCGUUCGAGGAGACAGAGAGAAGAGUCAGGCAACCGGCGUCGAGCUGGUGGGGACACACGAGAGAGUUUUACCUUCCGAAAUGAAACUACUCGGCGGAGAAAGUGAGAGCCGACGUAGCGGACGGUGGGCAACGACGAGCAGGCGACCUGGGCUCCUCGAGACGAGAGGAUAGACAUGGUGUAAGCCCUCCAUCGCGUGGAUCUUCCUUUCAACGGAUCCUCUGGUUGAUCGUGUUCAAAGUGUCUGUAUUAUUUGCUGACCACGAAGAGCCAGAAAUCCUGUUGAAUAAACGAAGAAACAUCGGAAGGACUCUUUCAACUGGAACUUCGACCUUUCUUCAAUUCUUCCGAAGAUCGUUGUGUUCUUUCUGCGAGAAAGAAAGAGAUGAUCCAAGUGCGAAUGCCUCGUGAAGGGUCUUUGGUGGCUGUGACAGAAUGUUGCUAAACGUUUGUAAUCGCGAGAAAAUCGAGUGAGAAUCGCGGUUAAGGAAACAACUCGGUGUUCGUUGUGUUAUGGUUGUGAGGACUGUUCAGGAUAGACGCGGAAGAAGAAGAGGAAGAAGAAGAGACGUUGGCGAAGUAGCCAGUUCCUUUUGAGGAUCUCAUAGAAAUUUGCGAGAACUGGCUUUUGUACUGACCGCAAACGAUGGGUGCAGCUACGUCCUGCCAAUGGUUGCUGCUGGGAAUACUCCUCGUCAUCUCCUCGAAUCGAGCUCAAACGGAGACCUUAGGAUCGAGUAUCAGCAAGUCGGAAACGAUCUACAGCCCCGGUUAUGUCGCGACGAGAGACAACGACGGUAAUCGAACCGAUUUAGCGCCGAAUUCAGCUCGCAAACGUCGAUAUGUCCGAUUUCCGACCGGUCCAGCCGGUUACCUCUUCGAGGGAGGCGGUCCUCCGAUAGGGAGGAACAUCGGUGUCCAUCCUGGAGUACGUUUUCCAUCCUGGAGGCAGCAGAAGGCCCUCUGGAGGAGUCCCAUCUCGGAGUACAGCAGGCCAGUGAUGGGUCAUCGAACGCCACGGUUGAUCUUUCGCGACAACGAUUUUCCUCCGCCGGUGGGUGGCAGCGCACCCUCGUCCUUCUUUCAACAGUCCAAUCACUUGCCAGACUUCGAGGACGACAUCAGAGAUCAUCGAAAGCAAACGCUCGACGAUUACCCUAGGUUAGAGUCAGAAUCGCGUCAACAAAAAAGACCGCUGUGGAAGGGUGACGAUACGUUGUGCGCUGACGGACGAAGCUGCGAAUUUUUUCUAAUGUGCUGGAUGUCCGCUGGCCUAUUGGACGGCAGUUGCGGCGGCAUUAUGUAUGCUUGUUGUCAGCGAAGAGAACCGAAAGGUAGUUCUGAUUAUAACCUGAUUGAGGCACCUAGAGAUCAAUCUCAGCCACUUCCGUUGGAUACUUACACGGAGAACGCCAAUGAUGAUCGCUGCGGCAUACCCGCCUCGAAGCAAACCGCUCAGAGAAGAAUCGUCGGCGGCGACGAAGCGGGUUUUGGCAGUUUCCCAUGGCAGGCGUAUAUUCGAAUUGGAUCCAGUCGAUGCGGUGGCACUCUGGUUAAUCGAUUCCACGUCGUUACCGCUGGACACUGUGUGGCCAAGGCAGCGGCUCGUCAAGUCCAGGUCACCUUGGGCGACUACGUAGUGAAUUCGGCCAGCGAAUCGUUGCCAGCUUACACUUUCGGCGUUAGGGAGAUUCGCGUUCAUCCUUACUUCAAAUUUACGCCUCAGGCUGACAGGUUCGACGUCGCUGUUCUUCGACUGGAUCGACCGGUUCACUACAUGCCUCACAUAGCACCGAUCUGCCUUCCCGAAAAGAACGAGGACUUCUUGGGUCAAUACGGUUGGGCUGCCGGAUGGGGUGCACUGCAGGCUGGAUCGAGAUUGCGUCCAAAGACCCUUCAAGCGGUGGACGUACCUGUAAUAGACAACCGAGUUUGCGAGAGGUGGCAUCGUUCGAACGGCAUCAAUGUCGUCAUUUACGACGAGAUGAUGUGCGCUGGCUACCGUGGCGGUGGCAAGGACUCCUGCCAAGGUGACAGCGGAGGGCCUCUGAUGUUGGAGAAGACAGGACGGUGGUACCUGAUAGGCAUCGUUUCGGCGGGAUACUCGUGUGCCCAACCGGGUCAACCAGGAAUUUAUCACCGCGUCGCUAAAACGGUCGACUGGAUAACGUACGUGAUCAAUUCGUAGCAGAAGGCGAUUAUCGAAGACAGAAACUUUGCAUGAAACAAAGUUCGUGACACGUUACUCGAUUCGAUUGUCGCGAAGGUACGGUGCGCGGUGGGACAGAAAUUCAGCCAUUCCGUGCUCGAAGGUUGUAAAUAUUGUAGCAAUAAAAGAAUGUGGUUUCGAAUGUUAAGGAACAGACGAUUUUCUCGUCCGGAGCGAAAGAAUCGUUCAAGAAACGCCUCGAUUGUUAAUAAAUAUAUUUUUUUACGGAAGGACCGAGUCACUUGUAUAAUUGCUUCUUCGUCGAUCACCGAGGCGCUCGAGUAAUAAAAUUCCUCCUCAAAGUUACUCUUCGCCUCGGUUCUCGACGUACGAUACGAACAGCGUCGACGUGAAUAUUUUGUACAUCAAGUGCGUGUGAUAUUCGUUUGUAUUCGCGCUUAAUAAAUAUUCGAUUUCUAUUUUACAACGUGUGUACAUUUAUUUCGAAACAAAUGGCAUUCGGGAAACCUUCAACAGCCAUAACUGCGUUAACAAACAAUAUCUUUAUAUUUUCUCUAAAUACAAAGGAACGGUACAGAAAUUUCUCAACUAUCGUUUGCUAUCGUAGCCAGCGAUUUUGUUAUAAAUUUCGACAAAGUCGUUUUGAUCUUAAGCUUCGAUAAGUGGCGCAAGUACUAGUUUGUCAAGGAAGAUUCAUAGGACGAUGGGUUGCGAAAAAACAAGUCAUUUCCAUUAAAAACAUACUUUGUUAUUAGACAACCGCUAUAUCUCAACGCAAGCUUAGCGUCGCAAAUAGUAGAACAACGCGUUUCUUUUUAAGUAUGUGUUUCCAUUGCGUAAUAUAAGUACACAUUGAUCUCGUUGCCCGUUUCAACGAUAAAUAACAGCGACAACCGAAUAAUUUCCGCUUGCUCGAAUGAUAAACGCGUCGAACCGUCGAGGCUCGAUUAAGUAUGAUGCGUUGGGAUAAACUAUUUAGUA